AUGGCAACUAAGAAAUCCACAAAAUUUACACAAGGUAGAUCUAAUUCCACUGACUCAUCGGCUUCUAUGUGGGAAAAAGUCUCCACUCAAUUCGCAGAAGGUAAACAUGACGCACCUUUCGCUGAUCACGCAAGCGAUGAAGAUCCGGCAGAUGAAGAACCAAUCGUAGAUAACAAUAAUCAAGAUUCCGAAGCCGAUUCAGAUGCUUCAACUUCCCCGCCUAUUGAAACAACCUCCUCGGCUGACAGAUCGUUCAAACCAUGGGAAUCCUCUCUAAACCAUAAGCAUCUAGCCAUUAUCAUGAAUCAACAGAAAGAAGAUAAAAUAAAAGAAGAUCUUUCUAAAACUGAAUUCACCUGGAGAAACGAUGAACAGCAACUCACUUCUUUUCACUUUGGACUAACGGCAUUACAUAUAGAUUUUCACCAGCCUCGACCGAUCGAUGUUGAACGGGUAUCUUGUAUACUAGCACGAACUAAGUCUUGGUUAACUUUUCAUAAACAAGAAAAAAACUCAACUGAAAGACAUAAAAGUCCCCAUGAAAACAGCACUUCACAACAACCCGAGCGAUGUAGAAUAACGAGCAACAUGGACGUUGAGCUACAAUAUGGUGCGUUGGUUGAUCCCACCCAUUUUCAAUAUUCAGGAAAACACUCAUGGAUCAAUCGGAGAGGUGUCUUCUUCAUGAUGUACUUAGAUGAAAGACGGAAGAAUGGUGAACGCAUUGAAUGGAUUGUGGAAGAUGGUGACAAGAGAAGAAAAAAACAACUGUUAGUGUCCAACAUUAAUCAUAUGGCUAUUAUUCAUAAGAACGAAUACGGGUUUGAUGCGUAUAUUUGCCAACAGUGUAACAUGAACGAAUUCGAAGCGGAAGCGAAUAAUAGCUACGGAAAUAACAACAGUAAGCAGUCUCAUAACCAGAGAGCACGAUCACGUUCUCGACCAAGAGCGGCACCACCACUUUGUUCAACAGCUGAUCGACCACGACGCAUAAAAUACGGUCCAUAUCAACGAGUAGGCACUAAUGCCGGUUGUUAUUUUCCCACUGUUCGGUUCGGUGUGCACGUCAGUUCAUUAUGUGCCAAUAACCAAAAUAAACAUUAUAUUCUUCAAGUUACACAUAUUCUUUCCAGUCUUAUCAAAUUUUUUCUCAAACAUCAAAUCACCGUCUGCUAUGGCCAAAUCACUUCAAACGAAGCUCCAACUCAACUCUCGAAUUCAGAUGGCUUAACUUUUCCAACACUGAUCACAAAAUAUGCAUGGCAACUCCUUUCUUCAGUCGGAUAUGGUUUCCAAUUACAAAUGUUCCGUCACCCUGAAUUUCGUGAACGAUUGAUGCAGACUAUCGACAAAGAACCCAAUUCUGAUGAAUUGGUUUAUCGUGUUUGCGUUUAUCUUUCGCGCAUUUAUCCACUGAAACCAUUUGUGAACAUUGUUGAUGAACUCGAACAGGGUAUCAACGAGUUAAAGCGGAAGCAAGAUGCCUCUGCAUAUGGCCUAGUGAAUAAAAUUGAUGUGAAAGUACACAAUGAAACGUAUAUUCCAUCGGUAACAUUAACACCGACAACUGUUCGUGUUAAGCCAUUCAAACUUUGUCGAACUAAUCGCAUUCUUCGCGCGCAGAACGAGUUCGGCCUGCCAUUGUAUCAUUUCGUUCUGGUUGAUAUACGUGAUGAGAACGGUCGAGCUUUACAAGCAUGUUACUUUCGUCAUUUGCGGAGAACACUACUUCAUUAUCUUGAAAAUGGUUUCCAGUUGAUGGGUGACGAUCGAAUAUACAAAUACAUACAUCAUUCGCAGUCUCAGCUGCGAGAAAGACAAUUUUGGUUUUAUUAUUCUCAUCAGCAAGCUGAUCGGUAUGGUAACAAUGGAAAUAUGAGUUUUAAUGAAGCUUAUAGAUGGAUGGGGGAUUUCACAAAUGAACGAAACCCAGCUAAAUAUGCAUCUCGUAUGGCAUUAUGUUUUACAACAACGACAGGAACUGUGAGAGUGCGGGCGGAAGACGUCGAAUAUAUGGAAAAUGAUAUUGAAGUUCAAGUGAAUGGUAAAAAAUUAUCGUUCACGGAUGGUUGUGGUAAAAUGUCGGAAAAACUCUAUGUUAAGAUUAAAGAAAGUCUACAAGUGCGAAACGACUUCAGUGCUGUACAGUUUCGAUAUGCUGGUUGUAAGGGCGUUGUUAGUCUCGACACAACACUCAAAACAGGCAAAGAUUUAUAUAUACGUCCUUCAAUGAACAAAUUCGUUUCACGGCAUGACAUCUUUGAAGUUUGCAAACUAUCAGCACCACGGAUUGCAUUUCUCAAUCGACAAGCUAUCCUUCUGCUUGACUAUCGAAAAAUAUCACCCAUCGUAUUUCGUCAACUUCAACAAGAAAAUCAUCUACAACUCAUUCGUGCUCUUCUCAUAAACCAAGAUGCGGAAAAACUUAUUCGCAGCAAGGUUCCGUUUUGGUUCUUGCCACCAGAUAUUUAUCGAGCUAACAUCGACUAUAUUCGCGAACCAUUUUUCCGACAACUUCUCAUCAGUGCAUGCCUACAAUCAACCAGGGAUCUACUUCAUCGAACGCGAAUUCGCAUUCCGCCAAACGGAGGAAGAAAUAUGUUUGGCAUUGUUGAUGAAUACAGGGUUCUCAAAGAAGAUGAAGUCUUCAUUCAAUACACCAUUCUUGAUAGUCCAAUGGGCUCUGAUAAAAACAAUAAAGGAACUGAAAUUCUUGAUAAACGACGAGUUGUCAUUACCAAGAACCCAUGCCACCAUCCAGGCGACAUGCGAACAUUCACGGCUGUCGACUAUCCAGAACUUCGGCAUCUCAAAGACGUUGUCGUCUUCGCACAACAAGGUCGACGCCCAGCCCCGCAUGACAUUAGUGGAUCGGAUCUUGACGGUGAUGAAUAUCUUGUUGUUUGGUACGAAGAUCUUGUUCCACUACAAACCAAUAAUGCCCCGCCAUACGAUUAUGAUUCACCUAUACCGGUACAAGACCUUGCUGGCCCAGUGACAAGAGAACAUAUCAACCGAAAAGUACUGGAAAUAGCUGAACAGGAUUACUUAGGAAGACUCUCCAAGUUACAUUUAGCGUUUGCCGAUAAAUUCGGUGUUGACAACGAGCAGCGCCCGGCAAAGGGUAUUAUGUCCACAGUCGAAUUAGCUGGUGCAAUUAGUCAAGAAGUUGAUAGUGGCAAGACAGGAUACCAUCCACUGAAUGAAGACAACAUCAGGACGUUGAAAGAUGCGUUAGACAACGAACGACCCGAUUACAUGGAGAACGAAGGCUUCGACCGUUAUCGAUCAAUGCAUAUUUUGGGUGAAUUGUAUCGUUCAUCGAAGCGAACUCUACCAGGAUGGAAUCGGUUGGUUCGAUAUCAUCGUCAUCUUCGCCAUUUAGCAGUGCGAAUUCAUGACGAGGAAGAGGACGAAAACGAAGAUAAACACGAAGAAACAGGAGAGAACAAAGAUGGCGAUGUUGAUAAGGAAAGUAAUAUUAAAAUCGAUGAAUCUAUAGUGAGUGAAAUUGUUCGUAAUCACCCCGAAUUUUCGACUCGUAUGGAAUUUGCCAAGAAUUUAACAUUAGUAUAUCGACAAGAAAUGUUCGAGAUUCUCAGCUUAUAUGGUCUCUCGCACGAAAGUGAUUUAUGGUGUCGGAACUCGGUCAACAAUGUGUCUGGAGAACUUGAAGAUACUGCUUACACGGAACUUGAACGACUGGUUUCACGGACGAGAACUCGGUUUCAUACAGAACAAGCCCAAUACUGUGAAAAUGAUGCAUGUAAUGAGGAUACAGCUGUGUCUGAUAUGUGUCGUAUAUGUUCAAAAGUACAUGAGUCGAUGACUGUGGCAUGUUACUGUGUAUGUUAUGAUAACAAACGAAGUCAGGAAGAGAUACCUAUAUUGAGCUUACCAUGGAUAUUUGCGAGCUCUCUUCUACAAUAUCGGAUGAAUCAAACAUCGCCCUCUUCGUUAUCAUCAGGUUUACUUGGUUCCGCGAUGAAAACCCAAUUCGAUUCACUAUUUAAGAAACGUUAUUUAAGGUUAAAUAGUAAUGAAGUCGAAUUUCGAUCAUCCGAUAACUCAACUACAAGAGCACACAUUAAUGUGAGUCUUUGCAUUUUCAUCGAAGUACUACAGGACUUUAUGGAACGAAAGAAACAUUCACAGUGGGCUAUGGUUCUAAGUCGAUGUGUUCAAAAGUCAAGUGAGUGCAAGCUGAUAUCGGGACAACCUUUACGGGGAGACAACUGGAGACUCGUGUUAAGUCGGCAAGCUGUCAGCACAGGCAAUAAAUAUGCAUACGCUUUGUUGUCUUGGGAGGUAAGCAACGAUACCUUGAUGCACAAUCAUUUCAAUGAUUUACUUGGCAUAUGUUACGAAGAAGGACGUCUCAAAAAUGACGUCGGCUUUCUAAAGAUUAGUGAAGAUAUUAUUUUAUUAUUACAACAAAUAACUAUAAAACAAAUAAUAUCUUUGGAUUCUUAA